AUGCAGGGUCAUGUCGUGCUAAAUGGUACGAAGGACGGUGGGCUGUGGGGCUGGGACCUGCGCUCCCCUAGUCGAGCUUAUGAGUGGGAGGCGGAGGUGGCGGCGGGCCAGCCUGCAGGUUCUGUCCUAGACGUCCACGUUUUGGAGGACUGUUGCAAGGCUGUGGUGCAGCGAUCGAAUGGCGAGCUUCGACUGCUGGACCUCCGCAACUGCAAGCCAGUGGUGGAAUUCGUGGCGGGACUGCCCAAGCGCUACCUGCCAAACCUUCGUUGUGCAGUGGACACCCACGAGACUGUGGUGGUCGCUGGAGGAGAUACGCAACGCCCACAAGCAGUGAACAGCUAUGAGCUGCAACAUGGACGUUGCGUGGCCUCGGUGGAGAUUCAGCUCAAGUCCGGCCUCUAUGACACUCGCUACGCAGACACCCCCGAGAUCUGGGCACUGUCCCGCAAUGAGCUCUACAUCUGCAGCGGCCGAACCAACGAUCCGAUUGAAUGA